AUGCACACCUUUGUCCCCACGUGCACGCCCCUGUCCUCUCAUGCAAGCCCUUGUCCUCUCGUGCACGCCCCUGUCCUCUCGUGCACGCCCCUGUCUCCUCGUGCACGCCCCUGUCCCCUCGUGCACGCCCCUGUCCCCUCGUGCACGCCCCUGUCCCCUUGUGUACGCCCUUGUCGUCUCGUGCACGCCCCUGUCCCCUCGUGCACGCCCCUGUCCCCUUGUGUACGCCCUUGUCGUCUCGUGCACGCCCCUGUCCCCUCGUGUACGCCCCUGUCGUCUCGUGCACGCCCCUGUCGUCUCGUGCACGCCCCUGUCCCCUCGUGCACGCCCCUGUCCCCUCGUGCACGCCCCUGUCCCCUCGUGUACGCCCCUGUCCCCUCGUGCACGCCCCUGUCCCCUCGUGUACGCCCCUGUCGUCUCGUGCACGCCCCUGUCCCCUCGUGCACGCCCCUGUCCCCUCGUGUACGCCCCUGUCCCCCGUGCCGCCCCUGUCCCCUCGUGUACGCCCCUGUCCCCUCGUGCACGCCCCUGUCCCCUCGUGCACGCCCCUGUCCCCUCGUGUACGCCCUUGUCGUCUCGUGCACGCCCCUGUCCUCUCCUGCACGCCCCUGUCCCCUCGUGCACGCCCCUGUCCUCUCGUGCACGCCCCUGUCCUCUUGUGCACGCCCCUGUCCCCUCGUGUACGCCCCUGUCGUCUCGUGCACGCCCCUGUCCCCUCGUGCACGCCCCUGUCCCCUCGUGCACGCCCCUGUCCCCUCGUGUACGCCCUUGUCGUCUCGUGCACGCCCCUGUCCUCUCCUGCACGCCCCUGUCCCCUCGUGCACGCCCCUGUCCUCUCGUGCACGCCCCUGUCCUCUUGUGCACGCCCCUGUCCCCUCGUGUACGCCCUUGUCGUCUCGUGCACGCCCCUGUCCUCUCGUGCACGCCCUUGUCGUCUCGUGCACGCCCCUGUCCCCUCGUGCACGCCCCUGUCCCCUCGUGCACGCCCCUGUCCCCUUGUGUACACCCUUGUCGUCUCGUGCACGCCCCUGUCCUCUCCUGCACGCCCCUGUCCCCUCGUGCACGCCCCUGUCCUCUCGUGCACGCCCCUGUCCUCUUGUGCACGCCCCUGUCCCCUCGUGUACGCCCCUGUCGUCUCGUGCACGCCCCUGUCCCCUCGUGCACGCCCCUGUCCCCUCGUGCACGCCCCUGUCCCCUCGUGUACGCCCUUGUCGUCUCGUGCACGCCCCUGUCCUCUCCUGCACGCCCCUGUCCCCUCGUGCACGCCCCUGUCCUCUCGUGCACGCCCCUGUCCUCUUGUGCACGCCCCUGUCCCCUCGUGUACGCCCUUGUCGUCUCGUGCACGCCCCUGUCCUCUCGUGCACGCCCUUGUCGUCUCGUGCACGCCCCUGUCCCCUCGUGCACGCCCCUGUCCCCUUGUGUACGCCCUUGUCGUCUCGUGCACGCCCCUGUCCUCUCCUGCACGCCCCUGUCCCCUCGUGCACGCCCCUGUCCCCUCGUGCACGCCCCUGA